UUGCAUGGCAAAAAACAGUAUACGAGAACAUUUAGGCGAAUUAUCGCAAAACAAUAAAGAAACCCAAUGUACUUUUCCUUAUGAAGAAAUAUCAUCGGAACCACUAGUAGGAAGUUCUGCACCUCGCUCUCACCGACGAAGCAAAGGAAGGGUUCAAACAUUAGAACAACAAGUUUUGGAAAAUGAGAUAUUGCUAUCGGUGAAAGACUAUUUUAGAAAGCCCCGACUUGAGGAAGACCGGUUUGACAUUAUUGGAAAAACCAUUGCCGUAAAAUUACGAAGGCUUCCAAAAGAGCAAAUGCUCAUUGCCGAAAAGAUAGUUAGUGACACUUUGUUUCAAGCUGAAAUGGGCCAUUUAACCAUGACCCAUAAACUUGUUAAUAAGGCUAAACCUCAACGUCUAUUCGGCCGCAGUAGAAUAGCUGUGCCGAUUCUGCUCCACAAUUCAAGAUGGCGACUGGAGCAGGAUCAGCAUAGCUUUCAGCCGGCUACGUCACAUCGGCUGACGCCUGCGCCGUAGAGGUUGAUGACCGUUCGUGCUGACUAGAAGUAUUAUUUAUGUAUGGAUCUAUUAAUAUUAGUAGGGUUGUUGUUGAUUUUUUAGCAUUUCUUCUGAUACAAUGAGUGGUCAAAAGCGGGUUGUGUAUAACUUGGAUAAUAAUAAAACUUAUAUACUUAUGGACCUUAUGGCUGGUUUGAAAAGGCAAGAAAACCAAAAUGGAUGGAAUUGAUCAGUGAUAGAGCUCACUUUCAGAAAAGAAUUAACGAUGUAUGAUUUACUAUAAGUAGUAUUUUAGAUAAUAAU